AUGGCUUAUGCAUCUAGGCAGUUGAAGAGGCAUGAAUGGAAUUACUCUACUCAUGACUUGGAGAUGACAACAGUAAUUUUUACCCUUAAGAUCUUGAGUCACUAUCUCUACAAGGAGACAUGCGAGAUAUAUAUAGAUCACAAUAGCUUGAAGUAUAUUUUUCAACAAAAGGAGUUGAAUCUGAGGCAGAGAAGAUGGUUGGAGCUUCUGAAGGAUUAUGAUUGUACUAUUCUCUACCAUCCAGGUAAAGCAAAUGUUAUGGCAGAUGCCUUAAGUAGGAAGUCGGUAGGUAGCCUUGCUCACAUUAGUGCGGAAAAGAAAUCUCCAACCAAAGAGUUGAUGGGCACUAAACUGCGUGUUCCUAACGUGGAUAAUCUCAGAAAGAAGAUUUCAGAAGAGGCGCACUGCACAGCUUACAAUGUCCAUCCAGGUUCUACCAAGAUGUAUCAUGAUUUGGAAGCACACUUCCUUUCCGUGAAGACUACCUAUUCUGUGGCUAAGUAUGCAAUGGUGUAUCUAGAGAGAAUUAUUAGUCUUCACGACAUUCCUGUCUCAAUAGUGUCUAAUAGGGGACCCCAAUUUACUUCGAGAUUUUGGAAGAAGCCACAAGACGAGCUUGGUAUUAUAUUGGACUUCAGCACAGCUUUUCACGCCCAGACUCACGGACAGUCAGAAAGGACAAUUCAGACCGUGGAAGAUAUGCUUCAGAUGUUUGUAAUAGAUUUUGAUGGUUAG